UCCAUUACAUUUCCUCGGAUUAAUUUAAAAUCUCCCGGUAAAACGGUCGGUAAUACGGGCAUCUAGAUGUGCAAAGAAAAAUUAAUAGAGGUUAGAAAAGAGAAACCCACGUGGAGAGAAAAUACGGUGAAUAAAAUUUAAUUUGACAAAGUGUUAUUAUAAUAGAAUCAGUGAAUAAGAAACAUUGAAUGUUGUUUCUUUGUUUUUCAGAGAAACUAUUCGAUAUCUUAUUUUGACUAUUCCCGAAUAAGAGAGUUAUAGACGCAUUAUAAAACAACAUUCUUGUUGAAAAUUUAUACAAAAUGGAGAAGUUAAGAUUCGACUUUAUGGUAAGAGGAUCAACAGACGGAAAAUCGAACAUAUUGUGCUUAACCUCAAUAGGAACACCCGAUGAUCGUUCUUUCGGCUUCCCAGAGGAAUAUCAGCCAGCACAUUUACACACAGAGCUGACAAAAACACAAAUAUUUGCUAAAGUGAAGAAUUCAUUAAAAAAAAGACACCAAUCAAGAAAAGUAUGGAUUGGUUUAUCAGAAACCUUAACUAAAGUGUAUUUGGAUGAAGAAGAAAACUUACAAUUUGGCGAUUAUUAUUUAGAAGAAAUCACAGAGAAAAAAACUACUACGGCAUCUGAACCUAGUUCUUCAGAGGAAAUAAUGAGAAAAAUAUUGGAGAAAUUAAUGGAAGAGAAACAACAAAAAUCCGAAAUAAAAAAUCUAGGAAAAAUAGCACAGGAUUUUAUGCUUGAAAAAUUCACUGGAAAAACCUCCAAUGCCCACCAAUGGAUAAAUGAAUUUGAAAGAGAGUGCGAACGUUUUGAGAUAAAUGAAGAUAGAAAGAAGAUCGAAACUUUAAAAUUUUUUCUAGAAAAAGCGUGUGUAGAUUGGUACAGCUGCAUGCUGAUAAAAUUUACAGUACAAUCAGAAUGGAAAGAAUGGAAAAAAAACUUUUGUGAAACAUUUGCAAACAAAGGGUGGAUCCCAAUAAGAUAUGCACUCUCAUUCAAAUUCCAAUCAGGUCCUCUGUUGGAUUAUGCCAUAAAAAAAGAAAAAUUAUUAUUAGAAGUAAGAAAAUCAAUAGACACAGGAACUUUGAUAGAUCUCAUCGCAGCCGGUCUACCAAACUUUAUAUCUGAUAGGAUUGACAGAGAAACUCUGAACGAAACUGAAGACCUUUACAACGAACUAGGCAAACUGGAACACCUGGUUAAUAAAAACAGAUUUGAAAUCAAGAAGAACAAGACUGAUAACAUAAAAGAAAAAACACCAUGUAAAAUUUGUAAAGACAAUAACAAAGGCACACGUUAUCACCCGGAAUCAGCAUGUUGGUUCAAAGAUAAAGAAAACAAAAUAAAAAAUGUCAAUAACGCCGUCCUAGAAAUGGAACUAAAUUGCAAUGAGCAAAAAAACUAAUAAUUCCACCAUUGAUCGAACUCAAGAUAUUACUAAAUGAGACAUUGGAAGCAACUGGGAUAUAUGAUUCAGGCUCGAAUGUUUCAUUAAUAAACUCUAGAAUACUGAAUCUAAGAAAAGAUAAAAAUAACAAUAUAAGAAAAGUAAACUUAAGAACGAUUAAUGGUGUGAACCAAACCGAAGGCAUGAUAACAAUAAAAGCAAAAAUUCUUAAUAUAGAAAAAGAAAUAGACGUUUUUGUA